CUUUGUGUGUUCACGAUGAGUGUUUGUGCUGCUGAUUGUGUGACUAUGCUCUGUUUCUGGGCUCCCGUGGAGGCUAUUCCCAGAUGCUAUGGGGAGAUUAUUCUCCUACGCUUGUUUGAGACCCAUCCAGAUGUUCAGAAGCUGUUCCUCAAGUUUGUUGGCCUUUCCAAAGAGCAGCUGCAGAACAAUCCUGGUGUCCAGGCCCAUGGGGAAAUCGUGGUUUGCAAGCUGACAGAAAUCCUAAAAGCGAAAGGGGAACACAAGGAAAUCUUGAAGGCUUUAGCAGAAAGUCAUGCCAAGCAGCAUAAGAUCCCUCUGGUUAACUUUCAGAUCAUCAGCGAAGUCAUUGUCACGGUGGCAAUAGAGAACCUUGAUGGCUUUGGUCCUGAUGCUCAAAUAGCUCUGAAGAAUGUGCUGAAGACAUUUCAGAUUGACUUGGAAGCUUGCUAUGAUGAGCUUGGAUUUAAAUAGUUUUAAUUUUGGUUUGUGUCAACUGUCUCAAUCUGAUGCUUUUGAGUUCUGGUAUGAAUAAAAGUACUUCAAAAGUAAAAAAAAAAAACAAAAAACCCUAGUUACGGUUAGUUUAGGUUAAUAAAGGCACCUUUUUCCAUUUCCACCAGUGGAAGGUUGACAAAAUUGCCCUCUACAAUUAUGUUUGAAUUAGCCAUCAGGAUAUUCAGCCAGACCAAUCUAUAUAGUGUACAUGAAACUAAAGGAUAUAUAUGCCUGAGAGAGAAGUCACUUUUCUGUGACCUAAUGUUUCCACUCAGGCCACUACUCUAUCUUACUUGUGCUUCUCCACCUGCCAAUUUCUGUUUGGGCACAUGUAGCCUGCAUGCAUACAGCACUUUUGCCUAUGAGGUCCUCCUGUAAUUCAAAACCAGCAUCUACAGGGCAUUUCUUGCAACCAUUAUGUUCCUUACUCUGUCCUGGCGACCUUCCAUUCCACCUUCA